AUGGAAGAUGAAUUCAUUUGUUGUAUUUGUAUGUGUGGCUUUGAUGUAGAGCAAACAGCGAAUAAAAAUGAUCUUCCUCAUCGUCUGAAGUGUUCGCAUUGCUUUCAUAAAGCGUGUUUCGAAGAUUGGUUCAGAAAGCAACAUAUGUGUCCGUUGUGUCGUGAGCCUUGCCAACAAUCCGAUCUUAGAUUCGAUCCGAUCAUCACACAACUCCUACAGAGUAUCUCGAAGCUUACCCUACAGAAACAAACAGAUUCAUCAUCGGUCAUAACGACAACCACAACAUCAACAUCAACAUCGACAGCCAUAUCAACAACACCCAAACUUAAUAACAACAACAACAACGCCAUCAUCAACAACACUAAACCCAAUUCACUAUAUACUACACCUGUUUUUAAUGCUGAUACAUCAUCAUCAUCAUCAUCUAGUAUAUUAUGGCCAGGAAAUCUUAAUAUAAAUAACAACAACAACAAUAGUAUUAGUAGUAGUGGUAUUACUACUUCACCUGUCUUAAAUAAUACAAAUACAAAUACCAGCAGUACUAGUACUAGUAGUUCAAUGAUUUCAAAAUUGAAUCAAUCUGCUGCACUUUAUAGUCAACAACCACAACAAACGGUCAUUCCAAUUUUCAAUUCAACGAGUAAUUUCAAUACGAAUCCACCACAUUCACAUACGUUACAAAAAGUCAAUCCCGUUACCAUCUACAAAGGACUGUACUGGCAGUGCAACCGAUGCAGCAAGAAGUUUGGAACUUCCGAGCAGUAUCACUGCUAUAAAUGCGAGAAUUUCGACUUGUGUCGCUUCUGCUGCCUGGAGACAAAGACUCCUACGACACCAGAGAUUGGCAAUACCGAGCCACUCUCACUGCCAAGACUUCACCAGCAUUCACUCUACUGCAUGUCACCACUCGAUGUCUAUGAACCGAUUGUAAAGACAACCACUGCAUUAGCAACAACAACAACAUCGACAACAACUGCUGCUGCUGCUGAACCACCAAAGAGAGAUGGUCUCUUUAGAUUCACUUCACUCAGCCAGAAACAACAAGAGAAACUAGUGGUACAGCCGGCUCACGACAAACAAAACGAGGAACGUCGUACACAACAACGCAAUAGCAUCUUGUCGAUGUUGAAUCCAGCCAAGUUGAAUGAGCACACUGCCGCCGGUCUUCCCAAUAGCAUCACCAUCCCAAUACACUCAAAGCCACUCCAAAAACAUGGCAGUCCAUUAGAAGUCUACGACACUGUCAACUGGAUCUGUGACGUCUGCAGAUCUCACAAGAGUGCUACCAUCGAAACCUUUUUCCAUUCUCCAGAUAGUUUUGAUCUCUGUUUAAAUUGUUAUCAUAAACAAUUUAAACAAUGA